AUGGAAACAUGGCGGGACAGGGGAUUUGUCCCAGACUCAGAUGAGGAAGAAGAAUACGAUAGCCAGGACUAUGCGAAGGUCGCGCCUCUGCAAGACGAAGACAAGGCUCUCGAGACAGCCGGUUUACCAGUAACACAGGAAGACAGUAAAGCUCCGGCUGAAGCUAGGGUCCCGGACGAUCGAGAAGAGGCGCAUUGGCAUGAACGCUCUCAGCAAUCAGUCGAGCUUGUCUCGGAUGAUGAGCUCCAUCAAACGAGUCUGAGCCAGAAGGCUCAAUAUACGCGGCGAACUUUCCGACGAAAUUCCCCUUUCAUCGACCCGAAACCCUUCGCACAAAACGACCACAGCUUGGACAACGAUAGCCCAAGUUCCUCGGAGGACGAACUUCAAGUUGUCGACGUACCACGUCGAAAACCAGCCUUCAAUGCAGCGCCGAAAACUCCAGCAACGCCAGCUCAGCAGCUUGAUUUGAUUCUACAAGAUGACGAAAGCCUAUCAUCUCUGUCCCCCCCGCCUUCGACAAUUGUCUCACCGCAGCAAUCGCAAAGGGAAUCGCAAGGAAAUGUUGUACUUCCCCCGAUCCCACAGCCUCCCUCCGAGCAUUCCGUUAUGGGGGAUACAAAUAAUGCUCGUCGAGAGUUGACGUUGAACGAACUUAAGGAUAUCUUUCCAUCGCUCGACAUUCCUGCCGACAUCUUGCAGGAAUUAUCUCAACCUAUGCAAAGAUCGUUGCGACAGCGAAACCCCAUACAAUUGCAUCCCUAUCUACUAGAGGAUGCAAAAUAUCGUGGUCUUCUCAAAGGAACCGGGUUACGGCCAAUACGCGUGCCACUGGCGAAUCCUGACGCUCCUCGCCCGCAGAACCAGGAUGAGAGCCAGGGGAGUGAUCUAGGACCAGCUGCACCCCCAUCGAGUAGCCCUUCAGCAGAUUUCGUGCCGCCUCCUUCAUCACCUCCAGAUCCAUACAGCCCCCUUCGACCAAGGGAACAACAUAGGACACCCAUCUCACUACCGCGAAAUUUGCCUUCGGACUCUCAUGCCACAAAGAGAAGAAAGCUGUUUCAUAAUGGCGGGGAAAAGAAUGACAGGUCUAAGCAGCUUUCGAUGCAAAUUGUCAUAGAUAACACGGAUCUCUCGCUGGAUAAUGAAACGCUUACCGUGGAUGCCCUUCUUUCUCCGCCUCACUCGGGAAGUUUGUCAUCGGCUGGCACUGUACGUCCUGAUGGAUUUCGCUUUCCUCGAGGGUUCAUACCUCCAAAGACAGCCCCUACCACAACAAUAGAUUUGACACCAAGCGGAGCCGAUGACAUGGCCGAACUUGAUGAGAUGGAAAUUGACGAGCCAGUUGAAGAUGUAGAGGACGCUCCUGCUCCAGGAGACGAUGACACAUAUGAAGAAAUGACACAGCUAGCGAAGGACCGAGAGGUGAAAAAACUGCAGCGCAGGAUUAAAGGAGUUCUUCCGGCUUCGUGGCUACGGUUAGACUUGAAACAGAAGGCUACCCAGGCAGCGCACGAAAAACGACAGCGAGACCUUCAAACUACUCAAGCCGAACCAGCAAGAGGUGUUGCGAGAAAAAUUGCGAAAGCGAAAAGGACGGAUGUUGACCCUUCUGAACGGAGACGCCCCCUUGAACUCUCCGUUGAGACUUCUAGUUCUGAAGAUGAGCCCGCGCCACUGGCUCAGUCACUUGAUGCUCUUGCCGACUUCGCGGGCUUUGAUGACCCCUUCCAAGAGUUCGGUAGGAAUGAGGAUAACGGUGAUAUCCCUGAAGACAAUCGCAUCGACGACACGUUCCCAUCUAUACCGAGAUCGUCUUAUGGUCCAAGGAAGCCACGUUCAAACAAGCCCAAGACACAUGGUCCGAAGGAGACAGGCCAAUUAAACCCAGCGACAACACGAAGGCAUAUACCGCGACAGCGACAGACACGCCUUGAUGAUAACAUACACCGUCCACGAUCCCACCCAAAGCCAAGGCCCCGUGCACCCAGAUUGAGUAUUCUCGAUGCUCCUGAUGUCGCUACGCGGUCCAAGACCGAACAGCCUCAAUUUCUACGAAUUGCGGCACGACAAGCGCGUUCAAGACGAGACCAGGGCAGAUCAAGUCCCAGCCGAAAAGUGUUUAAGAUGGUUGACCGAAAUGACACAGAGGAUACGAACAAAAUAUUGCGAGAAUGGAAGAGCGGAGCUAUGAAGCAAACGGCCCUACUAGCUCCUAGGAUUCAAAAAAAAGUACGAGAAUCUUCAAAGGGUGUCUUGAAAAUUAAUAGAAAAAGCUCCAAAGAACAUCCGGCCUCCGUUGCUCGAACUCCACAGCAACAAGUGACCAAGAAGGCGCGGACAAGGGUCCUGGAAAGUCUAAGCUCAGAAUCAGAAAAUGAAAUGCGAGCUCAUCAUGCCGCUUCUCUUGCUGCAAAAAGAGCCGAACACACAGAUAAACGAAAGCCAACACGACUUGGGGACAAAUGGGUAGUUCCUCGCGCAUUCGGAAUUUCGUCACUGAAGAGAAACGCUCCGCGUACCGCAGAAUUUGAGGUCGGCUUGGAAAACAAUCGGCCUUCAGAUGCUUCUUUUAAAACUUCCUUGGAUGCACUGAAUAGGACAUAUGGCCGUGAUUAUGGAAGGAGGGAAUUCGGACAAUCUAUCACCUUGGAUCGCUUUCUUGCGCAAGCCAGCCCCUUAUCUCAGCGAAACCUUAACAAAAAGACUGCACAAAAACUGCCCUUGCCCCAAACAGUACCUUUUGAAAGCCGAGACCAAGGAAAGAAGAGGCCUGCCAAGAAACGUCCUCCCACCCGUCUUGCGAUGGAUGAUGAUGUUGAUGAUGCACUCCAGAUUCCUUCUUUCUUUGAAUCGAAUGGUACUUCUGUCAACACAGCAGAUGGGUUUCAACAACCCAAGGCCCUAUACCACUUGAAGAAUUCCGCCACAUUGUCUGUUGAUUUCAAAAUGAUGCCCCUCCGGGUAGGGACCUUUUUCCACGACUCUACAUUUAUUGGACGAACAGAGUUUUCCCGCUCGUUAGACCUGAAGAGCCGUGAUUUAGACCAAAGCGCCGGGUUUUCUGUGAUUCGCAUUGGGGAUCAAAUGUUUCGUUGGGGGGCAUGGAAUGACGCAGUAUCUUCUGAAUUCGGCAGUGUGGUUGAGCUGAUUAUGAAAGACACCAAUACACAUGACCCUCAAACAGAAGCCACACCGACGCAACACGACAAUUUGCAGGCUUUUGUGUCCCUGAUUCGAUACGUGACAGAAAAAUUACACUUCAUGGACUCUGUUGAUCGAAAAGCCUUCGUGGGUCGUGCAAUACACAUCUCAGCCCAGUUGAGAGAUUAUGUGACGUUAACGGCCCCGCUUGGAGACGGCAAAUGGAAACAGUGUAUAAGAUUAGCAAGCCUCAAUCUAGUGUUUGCUAACCAAGCACGACAAAUUGCUGAUCACAGCUUGGUGGAUCCGUCAAAACUAGACAACGCCGUCAGGGUAGUUAAAGAUCUUUGCCGUCAAGUUCUUUCCCUUGUCUUCAACAAACUUGGCCUUGCAGAAGUACGUCGAUUUUACGAGGAUAACAAGAUUGCAGACCGCCGUGAAGCAGGAAUCCACGACAAUUUCCCUUCGGUUGAAGCUUAUGUUGUGGUCUUCCAGCUUCUGCAGUCAUCUGAUAUUUUCCAAAAGUGGUUUCAAGACAUAACCCUGUCUCUUGCAAACGACGCCUCCGCUUUCGCCGAUGUGCAGCCCCUGGAAGAUACGUGGAAAGCUAUAUUUACUACAAUUCCACUGAAUGAAGUCGAUAAAUUUGGGAUUGCUCGGCCUGGCUUACGAUUCCAAUGCAAACAUGACAAUUGGCCUGUGGUUCAAAGGCUGAUAAAUACGGUUCUGGAUGCGUAUGAUCCUGAAUCGAAGUCCCAGUUGUCCUAUAUUAAUUAUUGCCGCGUUCUCUUUCACAGAUGCUUUGUCCUGAUGGCGUCCUGGGGCUGGCGUGACUGCAAGCCUAUAUUGGAUACAUUAUUUGAUUUCUUUGCAAAGCAUACCUUGUACAACCUCAAGAACGAACAGAGCUUCGGUUCUCCUUCUUUCCUCGAUUACCUUGACAAAAACCCUUCAUUAGAAGUUCAGCCAGGUGAUUCCUGCUUUCACAUAUUUCUCAAGAUUGUCGGCAGCGGUCUUCGCUAUCUUUCUGGGAUUUACGGCAAAAAGAAGAUUAUGAAUUUUGCCUGGCGGCUCUUGCCCAAUCAUGGCCGUGUAUAUCCCAAGGAGAAAAUGCUUCAUCAUGAAGAUUUGGACUCCCUACGAAACCAUCAUGAUCUUCUUUGCACGCUGUACUGGGCUGUUCCGGAUGGCUGCCGGCCCCGGGUCGAAACUAUCCGAGAUCUCGUCGAUCCAGCAACGUCUCAUUUCGAAACGUGCAACUUGAGUAUUCGUUCCUGGCGACGGCUCUCGCAGUUUAAGCUUUCCACCGAUGAAGAUGUUUCUGGGUUGAAACCAUUUGCUGACUGGUAUGAGUAUUUCGUGUCCGAAUUGGUGCGGCAACAUACCCUCGCACGAACAGAGGUUGAAGCGCAGGCAAAUAGUGGGGGUUCCUUUUCGAAGCAAUUGAUAGAAUCGACAAUUGCACAGAAUCAACGCCAAAUAGAGUCAUUGAUUUCUUCCACUCUAGGGGGGAUGAAAUCAUCGAUUGAUACGGCACGAUCCAUGGACCAAGCGUACCACAUCAUGACUGGGGUGCCCUUUGGGAAGUUGUUAGGUCUUUUCAAUCCCACACAGGCUAGGGUCAACGGCGUGAUCAAGGAGACUCUCCAAGUGAUUAUCGGUUUCAUUGAGAAAGAAGACACUGCUUCAAUUUCUAAGCCGGCCGCGCCUAUUGCGAAUGACGAUAGUCAAGAGUACGGUGAUUGGUCAGCAAUCGAAGAGAUAUAUGAUGCGGGGCGCGAUGUUCCUGAGUCCAGCGAGACAAUUUUGUAUCUCAAAAAUAAGGUUCAACCAGAUGUUUCGCAACUUGUGUCGAAUUGCUUUGGUGAAGACAGAUCCCCAGAGGACUCGCUCCUUCUGAAAACAACGGAAUGCUGGGCCUGUCUGGCGCAAGUGCUUGUCAAGCAUGGUUUGCACUCCUGGGACAGCUACAUCAAUCCAUAUGGCAGGCUCUCGUGGACGGCUUUGAGAACGACCUCGCAAACAAAAAAGUUCACCCCUCAGUUCCUGGCAAGCUGCAUCGCUAAGAACAAUAGCCUUAUUACGGAGUGCCGAACGCAGGUCCUAGCAAUGUGGAUGACAUGCCUCGUGGAACGAAUGUCAAUGCUAAAAUUCCAGCACCGCCUUACCGAAGCAGUGAUGAACGAGGAUAGGGAAUCGCCUUUACUCCAAAAUCUUCCGUUUCACCUGGAUAGAAAGGACAAUCUCUAUCAUAUCACGCUUUCUGAAUUGACUGAACGCCGUAUAUCAUUGAUUUCCUGCCUUUUGUCUAAUAUGCGCGAACACUUGCAGAAUCUAGAAGACUCGGCUGCUCAAGGUUUAACGACUAAACGUGAGGAGUAUAAGGAACUCAUUAUGACAUUGAUGUCAUCAAUGAAGGCAAAUUACCAGGAACUUGGUCAGCAAGGAAACACAGUCCAAGGGAAAUAUGUCGAAUUUGUCCAGCGGAUUGUUGGUUUCUUGCAGCAACACAGCCAAACGAUCUGUCCUAUCGACAAGUUCUUCACGGAUCCAACAUCGUUUCCUCUACCAGCAGAUGACCCAACCUAUAUUGUCGCUCGGUUAAAGAGCUACGGAGUGAGGCUUUCUAGUACCAAGAUUGCUAAACAGCUGGUCAUGUUUCUUCAAAGUGUAGCGGAGCGAACAGCAGUUGAUGGCCAACAAGGUUAUCUCAUUGAACAACUCUGCACGUGUACGAGUGAGACUUACGAAACGGGUGACUCUAACAAACCGACAUUGCGCUCAUUCCUUCUUCAAUGCGUCUUUCCGGCCUACAUCGAGUGCUCUUUUAACAAAGCCGGUGCCUGGAUCUUCGUGUGGCCAAUUCUGCAAGCUACCUCGCGGAUAUUGAGCGAGAUGAUUUAUGAUAUCGAUAUAAAUGACACGAGUUGCAUGUCAUCUGUCGCUAGCAUGAUCGAGGCUGUUUUCUAUUCCAUCCGUUAUGCAAUUCGUCUUACCGUUGAUCACCCAGGGCUUCUUGAAGAAUCGCCCGUGUUGGUUACUAUGCAAGCAUUCGUCGGUAUUAUGACAUCAUCUCUUCAGAUUCUAGAUUACAUGAAACGGGCGGCUGUCAUUAGCGACGUCAUUGUUUCUCUAUUUGACCUGCUCCGGAAGAAUAUACUUUUUGCAGCCACCAUGCUCUUGGAUCCUUCUAUGGCAGUGAACCCCGAGCUUGGUGAUUCGUUGCUAGAAACCACUGGGCAAUUGUCUCCCGCACUUCAUUCUGAAUCCCGCACUUUUGCCACAAACCAGCUACAGACGUGGCUUCGCACGAGCUGGUCUGUCCAUGAUGGGAAAUAUUUCCUCCGCCGAGGACAGCAGACGAUAGAAAUCGACUGCGGUGUCGUCAAAAUAAAAGAAGUCCAGACUUUGGAGAACGCCAAGGCAGGAUUUCUCAACGCGACAGAAGUAUUUCUCACUCGCGUAAAUAUCUUGGAUUUACUUGAUGAGAGAGCCCUAGAACCAACUAAAAGGGUGAACAAAACAACAAAAAUGCAUGAUUAUGACGACCUGACGGAUGAAAUGGAUGCCUUAUUACUUUAG